UGCGGAGACUCGGCCUCGGGGCUGCCGGGAGGCUGGCGCUCGCGAGACCGUGACGUCUUCGUUGAGCGCGGUCCUUGGGCUUUUGGUGGACUGACCGGUAGUCGGACGAUCUUUAGGCUCACCAUGGAUGAAGCUGUGCCAGGCCCCGCACCUGAAGGUGCAGACAGCCGCGUGACAGUGAAGGAGGAGGACUCCCCCUGGGAGCAGGUGUGCAGCUCUUGGGAAAGCAGCUGCCACGCUCAGGAGCUGUGCCGCCUGCGCUUCCGGCAGUUCUCCUACCGGGAUGUGACUGGGCCCCGCCAGGCUCUGGCCCAACUCCACGAACUCUGCCGCCAGUGGCUGCGGCCCGAGACGCACAGCAAGGAGCAGAUCCUGGAGCUGCUGGUGCUGGAGCAGUUCCUGACCGUCCUGCCCGCGGAGCUCCAGGCCUGGGUGCGGGAGCACCAUCCGGAGAGCGGGGACGAGGUGGUGAUGGCGCUGGAGGAUCUGGAGAAGGACACAGGACAGCAGGCUUCUGUCUAUACUCGGGGACAGGACAUGCACUCACUGGUGACAGAGUAUCAGGGAGCCUCUUCAGAAUGUCAGAGCCUCCAGCUCCUGCCCAGGGUAACUGCCUUGAAGUGUGAACCUCCAGAGCUCUGCCAAGAGAACCCCGGAGAAGUGAGUGCUGAAGAAGCUGUAAGUAAAGAUGGAUUGUUUAAUGCAAAGCAAGAAACUUUUGAAGAAAUACAGCAAGGUGCUGAGGCCUCAGGAGCACCCAACAGGCAAUGCCAUAAUAACCAAAGACCGAUGCUGAAUCUACAAUUGAAAAAUUAAGGCGGGGCUCAUGAUGUACAGAUGAUCUUAAAACCUUAGGUGAUAAGAGGCUGAAGACCUCAGCUUUACUAUAAAACUGGAUCAGAUGGUGCAUAGGAGAGAAGGGCCAGGCAAGCAUGCUGAAGAAGAGUGCUAAAGAGGAAAAACUGGAAGUGAAACAGUGCCUUUGAAAACAGAAAAAUGAUGAAAUAUGAAGCAAAUCAGGUAACGACAGCACCAUCAGGAAAAGAAGUUAGGAGUAAAGCUGACAUAAAGACCCUGUUAAAAUCAGUUGAGGAAAACAUAUGUGCCAAUAAACUGGACAACUUAGAAGAAAUGGACAAAUUCCUAGAAACCUAGCCUCCCAAAGCAAAAGAAUAGAAAAUUUGAACAGACCAGUCACCAGAAAUGAAAUUGAAUAAGUAAUCAAAAAACUCCCAGAAAACAAAAGUCCAGGGCCACACAGCUUCACAGGAAAGUUCUUCACAGGAAAAUUCUACCAGACAUUUAAAGAAGAAUUAAUACCCACUCUUGCCAAAAUAUUCCAAAAAUAGAAUAGGAAGAAAACUUCCAAAUUAAUUUUAUGAGGCCAGCAUUACCCUGAUGCCAAAACCAGAUAAAGACACCACCAAAAAAACAAACAAACAAACAAAAAAAACCUAAGGGCCAAUAUCUGAUGAACACAGACACAAAAAUCCUCAAGAAAAUAUUAGCAAACUGAAUCCAACAGAUUUUAAAAAAUCAUACACUACUAUCAAGCAGGAUUAAUUCCCAGGAUGCAAGUGUGGUUAAGUAUUCACAAAACAAUGUGAUACAUCACAUUAAUAAAAGAAAGGAUAAAAACAAGGUGACUGUUUCAAUAGAUGUAGACAAAACAUUUGACAAAGUACAUUGAUUCAUGAUAACCCUCUGCAAAGCAGGUCUAGAGGGAAUAUAUCUCAGCAUAAUUAAGGCCUUAUACGAAAAAUCCAUAGCCAACAUAAUGUGAAAAACAGAGCUUUUCUCCUCAGAUCAGGAGCAAGACAAGGAGGUCUGCUAUCACCCCCUUUAUUCAAAAUAGCACUGAGAAGUCCUAGCCAGAACUAGAUGACAUAAAUAAGAGGUAUGCAUGGUAUCCAUAUUAGUAAGGAAUUAGCAAAACACUCACUGUUGGCACAGGACAUGACACUAUAUAUGGAAAACUCUAAAGACUCCACCAAAACCUACUAGAACUGAUAAUGUGUAAGGAAGCAAUAUACAAAAAUCAAGACACAGAAAUCUGCAUUUCUAUACACUUACAAUGAGCUAGCAGAAAGAAAUAGUCCUAUUUACAGUUGCACCAAAAAUAAUACGUAGGUAACAAAUUUAACCAAGGAAGUGAACGACCUGUACUCUGCAAAUUAUAGAACACUGAUGAAAGAAAUUGAAGACUACACAAAUGGAAGAUAUUCCAUGCUCAUGGGUUGGAAGAACAAAUACUGUUAAAACAUCUAUAAAUAUCCAAAGCAAUCUAUAGAUUUCAUGCAAUCCUUACCAAAAUAUGAAUAGCAUUUUCCAGAACUAGAAAAAAAAAAAAAACCUAAGAUUUUCUAAAUAAAAGACCUCAAAUAGCUAAAGCAAUCUAAGGAAUCUACUCCUGAAAUCACUGUUGUGAUAUAUGCUAAGUUGGAUGUAAAUUUUUUAAAAAUUAAAAAAAUUAAAUUUUAUUUUGGGGAUGCCUGGCUGGCUUAGGUUGAUAGAGCAUAUUGCUCUCGAUCUUGGAGUUGUGAGUUCAAGCCCCGUGUUGGGUGUAGACGUUACUUAAAAUAUUUUUAAAGGUUUUCUUUUCAUUUUAUUAUUUUAGAGUGAGAGUGUGCAUGAAAGAAGGGCAGAGGGAGAGAGAGAAUCUCAAGCAGGCUCCACACUUAGUGCAGAACCCAAUGUGGGGCUUGAUCCCACAACCGUGGAGUCCUAACCUGAGCAUAAAUCAAGAGUAGGGUACUUGGGGUGCCUGGGUGGCUCAGUCAUUUGGGCAUCCGACUUUGGCUCAGGUCAUGAUCUCAUGGUUUGUGAGUUCAGGCCCCGCAUCUGGCUCUGCUGACAGCUCAGAGCCUGGAGCCUGCUUUGGAUUCUGUGUCUCCCUCACUCUCUGCCCCUCCCCCACAUGUGCUCUGUCUCUGCCUCUCAAAAAUAAAAUUAAAAAAAAUUUUUUUAAAGAUUAGGGUACUCAACCAGCUGAGCCACCCAGGUGCCCCAUGAUUUUAUUUUAAAGUAACCUCUACACCCAAUGUGGAGCUCAAACUCACAAUCAAGAGCCAUAUACUCUACCAACUGAGCCAGCCAGGUGCCCCUGGAGGACCAUACACAAAAAUAAACUCAAAAAUGGAUUAAAGACCUAAACGUGAGACCUAAAACCCUAAAAAUCUUCAAGGAGCACACAGGCAGUAAUUUCUCGGACACUGACCAUAGCAGCAUUGUUCUCCAGAGCAAGGGAAAUAAAAGCAAAAACAAACUAUUGGGACUACAUCAAAAUUAAAAGCUUCGGCACAGCAAAGAAAACAAAACUUAAAGGCAACCUACUAAAUUGAAGAUAUUUGCAAAUGACCUAUCCAAAAUAUAGAAAGAACUUCUACAACUCAAGACCAACAAAACAAACACUCUAAUAAGCAGAAGACCAAAAACACCAUGAAACAGAAACCGAAGGCAUGAACAGGCAUUUCUCCAAAAAAGACAUCGAGAUGGUCAACAGUCACAUGAAAAGAGGCUCAACAUCACUCACCAUCAAGGAAAUGCAAAUCAAAAGUACAAUGGGGUAUCACCACCUAACACCUUUCAAAAUGGUUAAAAUUAACAAGAAAUUAACACAAAAAAUAAGUGUCCUUGCCGAAGUGGAGAAAAAGGAACCCUCUUGCGCUGUUGCUGGGAAUGCAAGUUGGUGCAGCCAUUAUGAAAAACAAGCAUGGUGGUUCCUCAAAAUAUUAAAAAACAGAAUUGCCCUAUGAUUCAAGGAUUGCACUAUGGGUAUUUACCCCCAAAUACAAGAACACUAACUCAAAGGGAUAGGUGUUAAAUAGACUGUCACAAGAAGAAAGGACACUAUAUAAUCAUAAUCACCAAAACAGAGAAGCUAGUAACAAACAUAAAGGAAGUAGCCAUAGUAAUAUACUAAUAGGGGACUUUAUUACUCCCUAUACACGAAUGGAUCAUCCAAACAGAACAUCAAGGAAAAAGUGGCUUUGAACGACACAUUGGAUCAGAUGGAUCUAACAAAUACAUUUACAACAUUCCAUCCUAAAACAGCAGAAUGCACUUAUUCUCAAGUGCACACAGAACACUAUUCGAAAUAGAUCACAAAUUUCAACAAAUUCAAAUAGACCAAAGUCAUACUAUGCAUUUCCUGCACCCCCAUCACAGUGCUGAGGAACUAGAAAUCAACCAUGAAAAAAAUCUGGAAAGAACACCUAUAAAAGAAGGUUAAAUAACAUGCUACUAAACAAUGAAUGGGUCACACAAGCAAUCAUGGAGGAAAUUUUUUUUUAAAGCAUGGAAACAAAUGAAAACAUUUAGGACAAAA